CCGCCGCGAGCCGCCCCUCAACCCCUCCCCCGCCGCCGCCUCCUCCUCCUCCUGCUUGUCUCAGUCCUCGUUGGCCUGCUCGCCAUCCUCGUCAACCUGGCGAUCCCACGAGCUCUGAGCCGGUUCAGCUCCAUCUUGAGCCACACCCACCUUCGCCCACUGUACCACUCAAAGCUGCCGUCUCCGUACAACCUCAGGCACGUCACUUCCUCCACCAUGGCCCCGGACAAGUACAGGACCCCGCCCCAGGCGCCCCCGACCUUUGUCGGCACCAAGACUUCGAUUGUCGACGAUGCCAAGGCCCUGUGCGAGUCCACGCGCUCCCUCUUUGACAAGCUGGUCGCAGAGGUCCCUGCUGAGAAGUCGACAUUCUCGUCGGUCCUCACCCCCAUGAUCGAGGAUGAAGACCAGUCCCAGCUUUCUGGCCGUAUACUUGGCUUCUACCAAUACGUCUCCGCAGACGAGGACCUUCGCAAUGCUUCCACCGAGGCCACCAAGCUCAUGGACGAUUUCGAUAUCGAGUGCAACAUGCGGGAAGACGUGUUCCAGCUCGUUGACGCCGCGUAUGCGGGCCAGAAGACUAACGAGCCUAGGCUUGAGCCAGAACGUGUCCGGCUCCUCGAAAAGCAGCGCAAGGGCUACAUUCGUAACGGGCUUGGGCUGCCCAAGGGUCCGCAAAGGGACCGGUUCAAGGAGAUCAAGAAGAGUCUGAGCCAGAUCACGAUCCAGUUUCAAAAGGCCCUCAACGAGGAGAAUGGCGGCCUGUGGUUCACCAAGGAGGAGCUUGAUGGCGUCCCCGCGGAUGUGAUCGAUGGGCUUGAAAAGGGCGAGGGUGAGAAUGCUGGCAAGGUCAAGCUGAGCUUCAAAUACCCAGACCUCUUCCCGACACUCAAAUUCGCCAAGAACCCGGACACUAGGAAGAAGGUCUUCAUCGCCAACGAGAACAAGUGCAACCAAAACGUGCCGCUCUUCAAGGAGGCUAUCCUGCUUCGCGACGAGGCUGCUCGCCUCCUCGGCUACCCGAAUCACGCAGCAUUUCGUAUCGAGGACAAGAUGGCCAAGACCACAGACACUGUCAACACAUUCUUGUCGGAUCUUCGAACCCGCUUGGGUCCUGGAGGUGUUAAGGAGAGAGAAAUGCUCUAUGCACUCAAGAAGAAGGACGAGGAGUCACGCGGACUGCAGCCCGAUGGAAACUACUACCUUUGGGACCACCGCUUCUAUGACCGCAUGAUUAUCGAGCAGGAGUACAGCAUCGACGAGAACCAAAUUGCCGAGUACUUCCCCUUGCAAAACACAAUCAAGGGCAUGCUCAACAUCUUUGAAGAGCUCUUUGGUCUCGUUUUCGUCGAGCUCGGGUCCGAUGACCGGCAAAAAUUGUCACCAACUGGCAAGGCUGAAGACAUCGCGUGGCACGAGGACGUCAUCAUCUUCUCGGUGUGGGACGAUGCAUCAGAGGGCGACGGCUUCGUCGGGUACCUCUACCUUGACCUGCAUCCUCGCCAGGGCAAGUAUGGCCAUGCGGCAAACUUUAGUCUGCAGCCGGGUUUCCUGAAGCCCGAUGGAACACGACGAUACCCAGCCACCGCUCUGGUCUGCAAUUUCUCAAAGCCAACGGCGUCGAAGCCUUCUCUACUGAAACACGACGAAGUCGUCACCUUGUUCCACGAGCUAGGCCACGGCAUUCACGAUCUGGCUGGCCGUACAAUCACUAGCCGCUUCCACGGCACAUCUACUGUUCGUGAUUUCGUGGAGGCGCCAAGCCAGAUGCUGGAGAACUGGUGCUGGACCCCGAGCCAGCUCAAAUCACUUUCCAGCCACUACCAGACGGGCAACAGCAUUCCCGACGAGCUCAUUGAGAAGCUCAUCUCGACCAAGCACGUCAAUGAUGCCCUGUUCAACCUCCGCCAGCUGCACUUUGGCAUCUUCGACAUGACUGUGCAUUCCCCCAAGAGCCACGCGGAGCUGGAGAGGCUGGACGUGAGCGGCCUUUACAACCAGCUGCGGUCUGAGAUUGCCGGCCUGUCUGGACCCGAAGCGCUCGGCGAGCCCAGCACGUGGGGCAACGGACAAGCGACGUUUGGCCACCUCAUCGGUGGCUAUGACGCUGGAUAUUAUGGCUACCUGUCAUCGCAGGUGUACAGCACGGACAUGUUCUACUCCGUGUUCAAAGGCAACCCGAUGAACGGCAAGGAGGGCCGGCGGUACCGCCACACAGUCCUGGAGCGGGGAGGGAGCCAGGACGAGAUGCUGACUUUGGAGCAGUUCCUUGGCCGCAAGCCGAGCAGUGAUGCCUUUUACGCCGACAUGGGCCUCACAGCUUCAGCCUGACUGCAUGGUAGUGAGGGCAAGCAUCGAUUGUGAAGCCGUUGUUCAUUUGGUGUGGCUGGUCUCAGCGAGCGAAGGUUAAACAUAGCAUAUGCCCUAAGGAGAAUAGAAGUCACUGCCAUAGGGUUAUCUGAAUGUCAUGCAACGCGAG